AUGGCGGAAGCUGAUAAGUUUCCAAACCUUAAAAUAUGCAUAGAUAACACAGAAUCGGACGAUGAAAAUGCUGACGUCGUUUCCAUUCACGAGGAAGAGGAUUUAGACGAUGACAGAUACAACGCAAGUGAUGACAGCGACGAUAAUGAGGUCGAAUUUAAUGUCCGUCUGGGAAACAUUGGAAGGAACGACAAAAAUAAAACUCGAUCUCUAACAAAGCCACAGAGAGUUUAUAAAAACAAGGAUGGAGAUUUCAUCACUGGGGUAGACAUCACAGAUAAGACAGAGAGAAAGAAAAGACUUGAAAGGGCAAAGAGAUUUGGUGUUAAUGAAAAAGUGCAACAGAAAUCUGUGGUCAAUCUCAAACGACUAUACAGAAGUUUGGGUUUGGAUGAAGACAAACCAGAGAAUGAUGAGCGUGGGAUUCGUCUGGAGGCUGUUCAUAUACGUGGUGUGAAUGACAUGAGUAGCAAAGAUGUGUUUGAUUACUUCAAGGAAUUUUCCCCUGGGGAGAUUGAGUGGAUUGAUGAUGCUUCCUGUAAUGUGGUAUGGCAAGAUACACUGACAGCUGCACGUGCAAUGAUCAGCUGUAGUAUUAGUUAUGAUACUGCAACAAGUGAAGGCAAACUCCAGAGUGAAUUGGAGAGUAGUGAAGAUUCGGAUACAGAGUCAGUAGGUAAAGUAGACAAACUCCAGAGUGAAUUGGAGAGUAGUGAAGAUUCAGAUACAGAGUCAGUAGGUAAAGUAGACAAACUCCUGAGUGAAUUGGAGAGUAGUGAAGAUUCGGAUACAGAGUCAGUAGGUAAAGUAGACAAACUCCUGAGUGAAUUGGAGAGUAGUGAAGAUUCGGAUACAGAGUCAGUAGGUAAAAAAAACUCUAGGAAAAAAGUGAAAUCUAAGACCAAAAAGUUAAGACGGAGCAGUAGCAGAAGUUCCUCUUCGUCAUCAUCUUCAUCAUCCUCUUCAUCAUCUUCAUCUUCUUCAAGUGAUGAAGAUGAUGACACAAAGAAGAAAUCUAAGAAGAAAGAAAAAGCAAAAAACACAGAAGAAAGGAAAGAAGAGAAGAUGGAGGAUGAUGAUGUGUUAGAUUUGAUGGACGAUGGUGUUGUUAGUGUAAACAGAAACAUCAGUGAAACAAAGAUUGUAAAAAAAGACAGUAAAAAGACAGAGAGUAAAAAUGAGAAACAAUCAGACAGCUUAGUGAAAAAAUCUUCACGUAGUGAAAAGAAAAACAAAAAAAAGAGAGACUCUUCAUCAAGUUCUAGUAGUUCAUCAUCAUCGUCAUCUUCAUCAUCUUCGUCAGGUUCUUCAUCCUCAUCAUCUGGUUCAUCGUCUUCAUCAUCUGGGAGCAGUUCUUCUAGUAGUUCAGAGGAGGAAAUGGAUGAAGAAAAGAAACAAAAUAUGCUGAAGAAAAAAAAUGAGAAAAAAGCUAGGAAGAAAGCAAAACUUCGAAAGCAUUUUCAGGUCCACAAAGAGUCUAAUAUACCCUGGCCUCCGGGUAAAUGGCGACUGGGCAAGGUCAUCCCCAAGGCGAAACAUAUAUUCCUGCGAUACUCAACUAAAGCUGAUAAAAAAUUGAGAGGAGCAGAGAAAAGGAGUGAAUAUUACAAGAAAUUUGGAAAUCCAAAUUAUGGAGGAAUGACGGGACUUAUCAGCAAUUCCAGAAAGAGGAAGAUGCGAGUGACGCAGCAGCGUGAGGAGGCUAAGGACCUUAAGGCUGUCAUACAAGCCAAGCGUGCAACUAUUACAUAUGAUGAUGUCAACAUCUUUGGGGAUUCAUCUUUUACUGCAAAUGUGGAUAUGGAUGAAAUUGAGGAGUUUGGUGCUGCCAAGGAAGUGAAACCAGACAUCACAGCAGGCCUGACAGGCCAGCGGGUUAAUCUGGAUCAGCACGAGAUGGAGGAGGGAGAGAUAGAAGACAGCGAAUCUGAGGAGAUGGUACAGCCUAUUAGCCGCCAGCGGGAUAUCCAACCAAGAGAUAUUCGACCAAGGAAUGUCCGACCAAGGGAAGAUCGUCGCCAGGUAAAACAACAGGAGGAUGACGAUGAUUUCCUGGACCUCACAGCUGACACAAAGCCACCGGUGAAGGAGGUGGAUGAGGAGGCAGUCAUGAUGGAGAAGGAACUGGAUAUUCUCCUAGCUUCACCACCACGGAAACGUAGUAUGAGGAUGUAUGCAGAUGACAUCGAGGAUGAGAGGAAUGCGAAAAAUAUGAAAAGAAGUGAUAUUGACUUAACAAUUUUUGCUGACCGUGAGACAGACAGAAAAGUUGGUCUGCUUGAUGAUGACGACAGUCCGCCUCCUUCUCGUGUACAGGAUGCGCGACAGAAGAUCCGUAGUGUGGGCAGGACAUUUGGCAGUGCUUACAUGGAUGGGUCACCUCACAGGAGUGGCAAUGAUCUCCGUAGUAAACUCCAACGACGGAAAAAUGGAGGCAAAGACAAUUCAAAAUAUCAGCGUAUGAGGAUAGAAGUGUAUGACUGACGUUAUUGUGGGGUUGUUGUUUUAUACUGGAGGACUGAAUGUCUGGGUAAACAGUGUAUCAAGCUGAGGAAGACAUGCAGACAUAUGUGAAAGUUUGUUGCUUGAAAAGAGUUUGUGUUGGAUAUUUAAAAGGAAAUGUGUUAAAAAAAUCUGCCUUUUUAGAGGCAAAAUAUAUGAUUUAUGACUGUUUAUGUUACUGUAUGAUUAAAUAAGAAAGGAUUUCAAGAAGAUUUUCAAGAAGACAAACAUAUCAGAAAUGAUGAUGAAGGUACUUUUUAAUGGGUAUAAAUUUUCAAGAAUUGCAUUCGUUUGUGAGAUUUUAGUCAAGCAAAUCACCAGUUAACUUAAAUAUCUUUGUAUGGUUAAGUUUUUAAGAUGGAGUGUAGUGUGAUUUUACUCAUCUUGUAAACAGGUUGAGAAAUACCAUUAAAUGUAGACUAUUUGUCACCAGUGUUUUAUAGGACAAGUUAUUAGUUGUAUUUUAAACAGACAUGGUCAUCAUGGGAUGAAGGGCAACCAACUUGGUUAAAAUGAAUGACUUUGACCCACUUUCAAGGUCACAGGGGUCAAAUCUGUUGAAAUAACUUCUUCUCAAUUAACAAAAUACACAGGAUUCUACAAAGUUUUUCCAUAUCAUUUACCUACUUUAAAGGUCACAGGUAUCAAAUAUGUCAAAAUUUUUAAAUGACUUCUCCUCAGUACCAAAAGACCAAGAGUGCUGAUAUUUGGCCUGUAGCAUGCUAGAAUGAAGGGAUGAAGGUCUAUCACAUUUGUUCAAAUGAAUGGCCUUGACCUUUAUUCAAGGUCACAGGAGUAAAAUAUGCAAAGCUACUCUAACAGAGAGCGUUAUCAGUUCCAUUUAAAAACUUUAAGUAUGCAAAUAUCAGUUCUGCUCUGUCUGUCUAAACGCUGGGACUUAUGAACAGGUUCUAUAACUGUCCAAAGACCUGAAAAGCUCAGGUGAUCAUUAAGGCCCAUGGGCCUCUUGUAUGAAAUACUGUCUGUAUGCAAACUUACAGCUUUUUACUGAUGUAAGAUAUAUAAAUGUAUGUAUAUGCCUAAACUGCAAGACUUCUGGAAAUAUGUACACGUCUUAAAAUAUGUAUACAUAUACUAUGAUUUCUUAUGAAAGCUGUGAUUUUGGAUUUAUUUUUAAAGUUCUAGCAUUUUAACAAACAGGAAAAAAAUAUAAUUCAUUCGAUCAAUGCAAUUUGAGGAUAUUGCAGAAGUUUUAUCAGGCAUUAACCUCUAGUCAUAUGCCAAAUGGCUAAAUUUUUGCACUCUUGUGAAUGUCAAUGUGUAGAUGUUCUGUUUUGCAUUGGAAUUUUACAUUCAUAACCCUACUUUCAUUAUUACUAUAGCAUAGACCGUGUAACAGCCAUCUCAAACCAGUUUUUACUUUUGAUAAAUAUCAAGCAUGUUCACUUAAAAUGCAGCAACUGGAAUGGCUAUCUGUGUUGGAUGGAGCUUGGAGUGUUAAGGGAUUGAACCUUGGCUAUCCAUGUAUCUUUUGAAGGCUGGACUGUUAAGGUAUUGAACCUUGGCCAUUUGUAUCUUAGGCUAGGGUGUUAAUGGGUUAAACCUGGAUAUCUGUGUUGGAGUCUGGAGUGUUAAGGGAUUGAACCUGGGCCAUUUGUAUCUUAGGCUAGGGUGUUAAUGGGUUGAACCUGGAUAUCUGUUGGAGUCUGGAGUGUUAAGGGAUUGAACCUGGGCCAGUUGUAUCUUAGGCUAGGUGUUAAUGGGUUGAACCUGGAUAUCUGUGUUGGAGUCUGGAGUGUUAAGGGAUUGAACCUUGGCCAUUUGUAUCUUAGGCUAGGUGUUAAUGGGUUGAACCUGGAUAUCUGUGUUGGAGUCUGGAGUGUUAAGGGAUUGAACCUUGGCCAUUUGUAUCUUAGGCUAGGUGUUAAUGGGUUGAACCUGGAUAUCUGUUGGAGUCUGGAGUGUUAAGGGAUUGAACCUGGGCCAAUUGUAUCUUAGGCUAGGUGUUAAUGGGUUGAACCUGGAUAUCUGUGUUGGAGUCUGGAGUGUUAAGGGAUUGAACCUGGGCCAUUUGUAUCUUAGGCUAGGUGUUAAUGGUUGAACCGUGGCUAUCUUUGCUGGAGUCUAGGGUGUUGAGGGAUUAAACCUUAGCUGUCUGUGUCAGAGUCUGAAUCGUUGAAGGGUUGAACCUUGGCUAUCAGUGAGGGAGUCUGGAGUGUUGAAGGAUUAAACUUUGACUAUAUGUGUCAGAUGCUGGAGUGUUCAGAGGUUGAACUUCAGUCAGCAAUAACUGUGUUUGAGGCUGGAGUGUUAACCACUGAAUGGUGUUUUGUUCAUUUUGCUCUGAAUCAAUAUCACAUCUUGAUAACCUACCAACACAUUUGGCUUAACAUCAUGUUGUAUCUAGGUUAGAUGGAUUACAUAGAAGCUGUGGCUAUCAUGUUUUCCUGAUGUUUUCUGGUUGUUUAAUUUUGACAUUUUGCAUUUGAUUUGAUUUGUUACAUUUGACAACUUUUGCUCCAAUUUCUGAUGUGCAAUCAUUAAGUAAGAUGAAAUAGGAAUCAUAAUACCAACCUCAUGUGAUAAUACACUUUCUCUCAAAAAUGAAGUUCUAUUUAUUAAAUAAAUGUAGUUUGUAUAUAAUUUGUGUGUCAUUUUAAGCCAGACGUUGCCAAGAACUAGUGGUGGGAUGUCUUUACCAUGAUUAUGAAGGAGGUAGCCAACAGUUCAGCAUUGUUUCAUUUUAAGCACCCUCUUGGGAUGAUAAAUUAUUUUUACGGAAAGAUGUACUAAGAUUUUAUAACCAGUCAGUCUCACAUUGACUUUGAGAUAUUUUAAGCAUCAUUGCUAUGAAUUUCUUGGUUUAAGGAAUAAACACAAGGCCCACUGGCCUUAAUCAUUGA